AUGUCGUCAGUACAAGUCAGCUCGGAUGAGGCGCUGGCAACUCACAUCAACGACUAUGAAAACCCCCGCAUCUUCCAACGAAACCGUCUUCCAGCACGCUUUUACUAUCUCCCGGAGACAUCGCUCUGCCUGAACGGGACCUGGGACUUUAACUACGCUCCGUCGCCAUUACAUGCUCCCGAGCCAAAUGCCUCUCUCGGAUCAGACAAAAGCGUGAUCGAAUCCGCCAUUGAAACAACCUCCAGCGACGAUGAGGUCCAGUCACUGUCCAUGCUCGAUCUGAAAGACUCAUCAAACGCAGAAUGGACCACGAUUUCUGUACCCGGCCACUGGCAACUCCAAGGCCACGGCCAUCCGCACUAUACAAACGUCGUGUUUCCCUUCCCUGCAUGUCCGCCUUAUGUGCCUUCCGAGAAUCCGACCGGUACAUACCGUCGCUCAUUCCAGGUUCCAUCCAGAUGGGAAAAGUCCUCCCAACUGCGUUUGAGAUUUGACGGCGUCGAUAGCGCCUAUCACGUAUGGCUGAAUGGGGUCGAAGUUGGAUAUUCGCAGGGAAGCCGGAAUCCGGCCGAGUUUGAUGUGUCGAGUAUUGUCAAAUGGGAUGGGAUUAAUGAAUUGUUUGUUCGUGUGUAUCAGUGGUCUGAUGGAUCGUAUAUUGAAGACCAGGAUCAAUGGUGGUUAUCUGGUAUUUUCCGUGACGUGCAUCUCGUCGCAUUUUCCUCGCAGGCGCGCAUCGAGGACGUCUUUGUCAAGACCGAACUCGAUAGUACCUAUACGGACGCUACGCUUGAGGUUUCACUCUCUUUACACGCAGAGUCACCUUGUCUGGUUAGAGCAAAACUAUACCAGCCGGGCGACAGUGACGAGGUCCUCAAGUCAACGGAGUUGAAUAUCGAAACUGGACAACAAACUGCAGAGAUUGUCAUGCCUGUAGCAACGCCCCAGAAAUGGACAGCCGAAGCUCCUACUCUCUACAAGCUGGAAAUUAGCCUAUUCAAAAGCACAGACGGUUCUCCAUCACUCCAAACCAUUGUCCAGAAAGUCGGCUUCCGAAAAGUAGAAAUCCGAAACGGAAAUCUCACCGUCAACGGUCAGCCUAUACUUCUCCGCGGCGUGAAUAGACACGAUCAUCACCACCUCUUCGGCCGCGCUGUGCCUCUUUCCUUCAUCAGGGAAGAUCUCCUCCAGAUGAAGCGAUACAACAUCAACUCUCUUCGCUGCUCUCACUACCCCUCGCACCCACGAUUACUAGAGCUCUGCGACGAGCUCGGGCUCUGGGUUAUGGAUGAAGCCGAUCUUGAGUGUCACGGGUUCUACGACGCCGUUGCUCGUCCCAUGGACAUACCGGAGUCGAUGGACUACGAAGAACGAAAGAAACUCGCAUUCGGCAAGGCGGCUGAAUUCACAACGAACAAUCCGGAAUGGAAAGAUGCGUACGUUGAUCGCAUGGCGCAGUUGAUACAUAGAGACAAAAACCAUGCCAGCGUUAUCAUCUGGUCGCUGGGGAAUGAGGCGUUCUAUGGUCAAAACCACAAGGCUAUGUAUGAGUAUGCGAAGAAAGUCGAUCCGAGCAGACCCGUACACUACGAAGGCGACGCUCAUGCCCUGUCUGCGGACAUGUAUUCCUAUAUGUAUCCUUCAUUAGAACGCCUGAUAGAUUUCGCGACUGCAGAAGGGGAUGAUUUCUCAAAGCCAAUUGUUCUCUGCGAAUACGCGCAUGCCAUGGGUAAUGCGCCAGGUGGUCUUGUGGAAUACAUGGACGCAUUCCGCAAGUAUCGCCGACUACAAGGCGGCUUCAUCUGGGAAUGGGCAAACCAUGGUCUUUGGGUUGAGCCGAAGGAACCGGGGCAGAAAGGCUACUAUGCUUAUGGUGGGGAUUUCAAUGAUUUCCCUAACGAUGGAGAUUUUGUUAUGGAUGGGCUUUGUUAUAGUGACCAUAGUCCAACUCCGGGGCUGAUAGAGCUGAGGAAGGCGUAUGAGCCGGUACGAGCCUGGGUUGAGGACGACUUGAUCGUUAUCAAGAAUGACUACGACUUUAUCGGUCUGGAUGACAUUCUGGCUGUGUUUAAAGUUGAAGCUUUUUCUGAGAAGUCCGCCAAAAUUCUAAGCAGCGGUACAUUGAACUUACCACACAUACCAGCUGGACAGCAGGGUACAAUCCCUCUACCAACAGGUAUCAGCAUCCCCUCUAGCGGCGAAAUUUGGCUAUCCGUGAGCUUUCUCUCCAAGACUGCACACAGCUGGGCCGACAACCACACCGAAGUGUCCUGGUUUCAGCACUGUCUCCGCCCCAACAAGUCUCUAACCCUUCCCAUACGUACCAUGACCAACACUACCAGUCUCGAAAUCCACACAACCGGGACCUCGCAGACCAUCAUCGGCCAAUCGUUCUCUCUCACCUUCUCCCGCGUAACGGGCAACCUGUCCGCCUGGCUGGUCAACGGCCACUCUCUCCUCGAAUCCGAUCCUCUCACCAACGCAGCUCUGAGCGUUGGCUUCUGGCGGCCCCCAACCAGCAACGACAUACCCUUCGACCUGCCCGAAUGGCGCCGCUUCGGCAUCGACACUCUCACCAACCACCAGCUGCGCAGCUUCCACAUCGCGCGCCGAAGCGACGGCAGCAUCCAAGUCAGCACCAAGACCUUCAUCUGCACACCCGUUCUCGCCUGGGGUUUCCGCGCAACCUCAUCCUACACCAUCGCCGUCGACGGCACACUUACAGUGUCUAUCCAUCUCGUCCCCGAAGGCCCCGCGCCAAAGACCCUGCCUCGUAUCGGGCUUGAUCUAUAUCUCGCAGAUCCUCUCGAUAACGCGACCUGGUUCGGCCGCGGACCAGGCGAAAGCUACGCCGACAAAAAGUCGUCGCAGAAGAUGGGUAUUUACAAAGCUGGUACGGCACAGCUACACACUCCGUACGAGGUUCCGCAGGAGAAUGGGAAUCGGUUGGAUACACGGUGGUUGCGGAUGGCUGAUGGGCGCGGAUGGGGCCUCAAAGCGAUCAGAACGGAUGCAUCCGGGGGUACCUCCAGUCCAUUCCAAUGGGCCGCAAGCCGGCACAGCGCACAGAAAAUCGAAGAAGCGAAACAUCCGCGCGAUCUCGUCGCCGAAAACGCGGUGCGGCUGCGUUUGGAUGUUGCGAGUGCUGGGGUUGGGACUGGUGCUUGUGGGCCGCGGACGUUGGAACAGUAUCAGGUUCCGUGCGAGGAGAGCGUGAUAUCUUUCUGUUUGCAGCCAUCUUUUGAUGAUUUUGAUAUUUAG